UAACGGGCUACUUUUUCAUAAAGUUUAACCGCCUUGACCGGAAGUUCCAACCGUCGUAACUCCUCACGAGCUUUAACCGUUAACUCAAACUUUCCCUCCCUCCUCCUCCGUCCGCUCACUCCUUCAUCCAUCCAUCCUUGUUGUUGUUGUAAAGAGAGCGGUGAUGGAGAAGCCGAGGCACCGCUACCGGCACCGCUAAAGUAACGGAACCAGAGGCGAACUUUUUUUAAAACAACAAAACAAAACAAGAUGGAAACGGUUGAGCAGCUCGUCUCCUUCCACCACAUCCAGGUCCAGUUGAGCGGGGGCGCGCCUUGGGGGUUCACGCUGAAAGGAGGGCUCGAGCACGGCGAGCCGCUCAUCAUCACCAAGAUCGAGGACGGAGGGAAGGCCGCCCUGUGCGAGAAGCUGAAAGUCGGCGACGAGCUCAUCAACAUAAACGGGUCGGCCCUCUACGGCAGCAGGCAGGAAGCGCUCAUCCUCAUCAAGGGAUCGUACAGGAUACUGAAGCUCACAGUCAGGAGGCGCAGCGUUCCUCUCAUCAGGCCUCACUCCUGGCACCUGGCAAAGCUAUCGGAGCCGCCGCCGCCGCUCCCUCCCCCUCCCCCUCCUCCGUCUCCACCUCCGCCACCCUGCCUCCCCCCGGCCGACUCCCCUCCACUCCCUCCACCUCCACCUCUGUCUGCCAUGCAGCUCCACCCCGGCCCUUUCACAUUACCCUGGCACACAACUGACAACAGUGACUUAUCCUUGCAGUGGGGUCAGCUGUCCAGACCUUACUCCUCCACUGACCGAAGCAGUUCCCUGGGCUCCAUGGAGAGCUUGGACACACCAACACCCACAACACAGCCGUACUCCGAUUCCCAUAAUUCACCCGUCGACCCCACCCUCUUCAACAACAAGAGAGACUCUGCCUACAGCUCCUUCUCCGCCAGCUCAAACACAUCCGACUACGCGACGGUGCCGCUAAGGCCGGGUGAAGCCUGCUCCAUGGAUAACCUCCUCCAGAGCCUGGGGCCGGCUUGUAGAGGCUACCCCGGUGCUGAUACCUCAAACCUCGGGGGCUCAUCUGGCGAGGCCCCCGAUGAGGCGCAGCUUAUUGUGCACAAGUCCAGGUCACUGACCAGGUCAAGACCAAGACCCGUCGAGGUAAAAGAGAGGCCUUCGUCCUGCUGUUAUGAGGAGGAACGGAGGGGUGGAGACUUUGAGAUCAUCAGAAAUGGAGAAAGAGGAGCUGAGAGAAAGAUGAACCCUCCUCAGCCUCCAACUAGGAAGGACAGUUUUAGGGCAACUCGGGGUCGCCCUAAUGCCGCGAACAAACGUUGUGUUUCUGCUCCUAUUGAAAUUUGCAGUGUUUCUUGUUACUUUGAUGAAAACAAGUCCUCUCUGAAUGUUGAAGCAGAAAUCCAUAAUGGCUUCCCUGCACCAGAGGACAGUGACAAAAGUGGUAGUUUCAAAGAGGAUACCUUAGACUCACACUAUCUCCAAAGACAUACCAAAUGUGACACUAGUGCUAAUAAAGACUGCAAUUCAGCAUCCACCUCAGAACACCUCUCUGACCCAGUAACAGCCUCCCUAAUCCCCAUCACCUCCUCUCAUCCUGGCUCCUUAUCUGCAGAAUCCUCCAUAGAUGUUCAAGGUCAAUCUCAUACCAAGCACUCCUCCACGGAGCUGCACCGGCACAGUGCCCCUGAGAAGCUCCUCGCUACACAACUUCAGUUAUUGCAGUUUAACAGUGACAGCUCUUCAUUGGAGCCUUACAAUUUGUCGAACCCUCCUGAACGCUCAUCGUCCCCUUGUAGCAGCCAGUGGUCCCAUUCAUCACUCCAGCCCACGAGGGAAGACCAAGAAACUUCUCACAACCACCUCAACGCCCAAUCAAACAAAUGGGGAGGCAGCCGUUGCUCAACCCCAGGAUCUGUUUUUUUGGAAGGGGAUGAUGAUGAUAGAGUUUCAAAUGAUAGGCUAGAAGGGAUGGGUGUAAAUGGUGGAUGCCUCCCCCCAGUUGAGCAUCAUCACCCUUGGGGACGCUCUGUGAGCGUACCAGGAGAUCCCACUGGAUCUUCAGCCCAGGGAAGGUUGAGUGACCAGAUACUAGAGAGCGAUUUUGAGCCUCUUAGUGCUGCUACCAGUGUAGACACCUUACUGGAGGUUCAUAGAGCAGUGGACAGAGAAAGAGGUGGAGGUAAAAAAGAGGAUGUAGAAGGACAGACAUACAUGAAGAAGUCAAAUUCGUCCAAGAACCAUCGUCGGAAUCGUCGGCGUAGCGAGCGAUUUGCUACCAACCUCCGCAAUGAGAUCCAGAGGAAAAAGGCCCAGCUCCAGAGAAGCCGUGGCCCAGGAGGGCUGCUCUGUAGUGGGGAAACAGUCCAAGAGGAAGAGGGUCCGGACCUCAAUGAGGAAGGGGAAGACUUAGACUUGCCAGCCCAGGAAAGGAGUACCAAAGUUGCAUCUGCCUUACCUGUUAGUCCUCAAGAUGCCAGCACCACAGCAACAACCGAGAAAUCAAACACCUCAAGUGAAUCAAACCAUGACGUCUUACAGACUCAGCCUCAGUCAAUAACCUACACUGAAAACAACCUGUCAAGGUCUGUCCAGAUUCUGGACCCAGGAGUGCCCAACUUUGGUGUCGGCAUCCGAGUUGUGGAGGAACCAGCUCCUGCUGGCAAAGCCCGACGCUGGCGUUGGACCCCCGAGCAUAAACUUCAGCCAGAACCUGAGCCAGACAAACGGUGCAGAGUCGUGGGUGAGAGGGUGUUGGGAGUCCCAGGGUCACGGCAUGGAGUUUGUGCCUUCACCUCCUCAUCCACCUCCUCAUACAGUCGCUCCUCUUCCUGUUCUCGGAUGGAGGAGUCAGAUAUCCUUCCAUUUGCAGAUAGAAUGAAGUUUUUCGAGGAGACAAGCAAGGGCAUGUCUGGAAUAAAUGUCUCUAAUCUGUCGAGUCGCAGGCAGAGGAAACCUCCACCCCAUCCAGAGCUCCAGGGAGGGGAGCUUGGUCAGCACCCAACCCAAAGGAGAUACUCGUACCAGGGAGGACUUCAGCAGGAAAGUGCCUUGCUUCCAAACACUGUGGAGGCCAGGAGGCUGUCUGUGAGUAGCAGCAGCAGAGAGAGGCAGAAAGAGAAGGAGAGGGAACAAGCAAGAGAGAGGGAGGAGAGGGCAAGGCUGAGGGAAGAGAGGUUGAGGGAAAGGGAGAGGCAGCAGGAGAAGGAAAGACAGGAGAGGGAAUUAGAAAUGGAGAGGGCAAGGCUGAGGGAGAUUCAGGAAAGGGAACGAGAUGAGAGGAUGAGACAGUGGGAGAGGGAAAGGGAGAGGGAGCUUGAGUUGGAGAGAGAAAAAGAGAUGGAGAGGGCCCGAGAGAAGGAACGCCUCCAAAAAGAAAGAGAGAAGGAGCUCGAGAGAGAACGAGAGAAAGAAAGGGAAGAAGAUGCCCAGCUCACAUCACAUCACGACUUUUAUCAAAACCAACACAAGGACAACUUCCACAGCUUCCAGCCUCAGGCCUUCUCCCAUAACGAAACCCAGAAUCAAGUCCCGCGAUCAGCUUUCUAUCCAGUCAACACCUCCUCCCAACCCCUGGAGAACCGCCAACCUCUUCACCAGGGAUACCCAGCGAGGAGCUACACACCUACAGAGACGUAUCCCACCCGGCAACAGGAAACGGCCAAGCUGAACAGGAAGUACAGCCUGACUGAGAGGGACUACCCAAGCUGGAGACGGGAGUCCAAACCUCCAGAGAGCGUUAGUCAGUAUCAUCAGCACCCCCACCAGGGUCGAUGGGGCCCCAGACAGAUCGACGACGACCGCAACGGAUACACGUUCGCACCCCCGCCGGCUCCCCUCUCGCUCCGAGGCCGAGCCAUGUCCGAAAACGACCUUCGCUUCGAGAGCAACCACCGCUGGGCGCCGUCGAUCUCCAUGGCGACCAGCCAGACCCUGAGCGAGCUGGAGGAAGGAGCUGGCGGCGUCCGGGCAAGAGAAGCUGCCAAUGCUCCCAUACCAAACAGGAAGAAGACGCCGCCUCCCCCGAGACCGCCGCCCCCGAAGUGGGAGCAGUUCCAUCGUAGGCGAGCGUCACACCAUGCCCUCUUCACCUCCUCCUCCUCUUCUGCUGCUCCUCACUGCAUCGACUACUCGACUCACUCCUCCUCGUACGCUCCUCCGAUUGAAACGUCCAGACAGAGGUCCUACAGUCUUCCUCCGGAGAGGCAGGAAGUGUCGGAGGGCUGCCCGCGCUGCAACUGCAGCCAAGCUCAGACCCAGGAACACCUCCACGCCACCUCCACCAAUCAGAAUCAGCCUCAGGUUCAGGAGUUGCCAUUUGCCGUCGCUCCGCCCAGUCCCAUGUUCUCCAGACGGGCCUUCAGACCGGUGGCUCUGCCCCAGAGAGAGAGGGACACGAGGGGCAUGUACGGUGGACAGCAGGAGAGGAUGGAGGUGUUAUCAUCUCUACCUCCACCUCCACCACCGCCGACAGAGAACAGUUUGUCCGUGAUGAACUUCAGUCGCAGCCCCGACCAGGACAGAGUGCCAGUGAAACCUCACAAACAGCAGUCCAACAUGAGACCAGGAGCCGAGUGGGAGAGGACCCCGUCUCCCAGAGUUCAUAGCGACCCAACGCUUACACCUGUCUUGGAAAAUGGAAGCGUUGGUGGUGGUUUACCUCCUGAGUCCUACUACAUCGACUACGAGCAGCAGCAGCAGCUGCAUAUGAACAGAGGUUUUCAGAGCAUCGACCCGGAGAAGAUCCCCGAACCGGGAACAGAAUCGGAGACGACCCUGAGCCCGAGUCCGGCGCACAGCCUGGACGUGGACCUGGACGUCCCCAUGGAAACGGACAUCGACGACUUCCAGGAGGACGAGGGACUUCCGGCGGAGGACGAGCCGAUCACCAGCGAGCUGCCUUGCUUCGCGCUCCCCGUUACGGUCCUGGAGACGGACAUCGACACUCUGCCGGACUCCGAGGCGUCGCCGUCGGGCAGGACUCGGGCGGAGAGCGGCUCCGUGGAGCUGGAGGAGGAGCUGGAGGCCGGCAGAGAGAGGCUGAGUCUGGAGGAGCUCUUCCCCCAGAGCAGCGAGGGAGAGUCGGGCACGGAGAGCUGGAGAGGAGCCUACCAAACCACGGAGCACAACACCGACAGCCUGGAUAGGCGGUCUGGUGCGAGCUCCAGCUGUUCGUCCUAUUACAGCACGUCGGCCGCCAAAGCUCAGCUCCUGUCGCAGAUGAAGGACUUCACGGACAACCGGGAGAGGGACGAGGACGACGAGCUCACCUACAAGAAACAGCUGAUGGAGAGCCUCCGCAAGAAGCUGGGAGUGUUGAGGGAAGCUCAGAGAGGACUGCAGGAGGACAUCAGGGCCAACGCACAGCUGGGAGAGGAGGUGGAGAACAUGGUGGUGGCGGUGUGCAAGCCCAACGAGGUGGACAAGUUCCGCAUGUUCAUCGGCGACCUGGACAAAGUGGUCAGCCUGAUGCUGUCGCUGUCCGGGAGGCUGCUGAGGGUGGAGACCACGCUGGACACGUUGGACGCGGAGACGGAGCACCACGAGAGGCUACCCCUGCUGGAGAAGAAGCGUCAGCUCAUGAGGCAGCUGUCCGAGGCUCAGGACCUGAAGGACCACGUGGACCGCCGAGAGCAGGCCGUCAGCCGGGUGCUGGGCCGCUGCCUGUCCCCCGAGCAGCACAGAGACUACAGCCACUUUGUGAAGAUGAAGGCCGCCCUGCUGGUGGAGCAGAGGCAGCUGGAGGACAAGAUCCGGCUGGGCGAGGAGCAGCUGAGGGGGCUGAGGGAGAGCCUGGGGCUGGGGCUGGGAAUCGGGAUGGGGAUGUCGAUAGGUUACGGACAUUACUGAAGAGUUAAAGAAGAUUCAAGACAAGUUUAAAAGGUUGGAAAGAGGUCAGGUCAUGAACACACGCAUUGAUUUGGAGGUUUAGUUUGACAUUUUUGGGAAACGUGCUUUUCCCGCCACAAAAGAAACCACUGUAAUGUCUGUACACUGGCUCUGUCCACAAAGAAAAGUCACAAAAACAAAAAAUCCGCCUGCCAAGCGCCUCCAAAAACACACUGUUCAACACUAAGCUUAAACCUCUCGUGUCCGCAACUCCCGAAAUGUCAAACUAUUCCGUUAGAGCUCAAACACCGUGAAUGUUUAAAGGUGAAGUGUAGGAAAGCUCGACUUCCAAACAUCCUCCAACGAAGGCCAAAGAUCGAAAACGGGAAGCCGGAAACAAAAGGACCAAGAAUGAAGAGUCAUCGGAGAGAGCUCGUUGGUGUUUAGAGAAGACGGAGAAAGCGUAAAAGUAGAAGAAGCACAUGUUUUUUCUCGAGUUAACGACUGAAACCGAAGCAAGCGUUCAAACUGAGGUCGUCGCGUCACUUUUCAACACUUAACAUUCGAGAAAAGAACGCAAGAUAACCGCGUUUUGUCCCGAAACACGUACUGUAACACUUCACUCUAACAGUAUCACACUACGUUGCCAAAGACAUUUUCUCUUGAUGAAUGUGUCACUGAGACGCUGCUUUUUUUGUGUGUUUUUUUAAUAUAUAUUUAAAUCUCCCGGUUCGGUGAAUCAAAGGAGACUUUUGUUUGUGUUUUUUUUUUGGUGCUUCACGCUAAGAAAACGCGUUCCCGUUACGCGAUAUCGCGUUGUUCCGAUAUCGCGGGACGCUGUUUUGCAGCAUUAUUAACUGCCUUAUACGUGUUUGUAUUCACCACCUAAAUUCAGCAAUACGUAUACUGUAUUAUAUACCGUAAUAUCAUAUCACUCUGUACUCCCGUUACUGUAACGUGUGUUUUACCGCGUGGUGUCUGAGACUCCGCCGCCAAACUCGUUAAACUGUCACAUAUUAACUGUUAAUGUACAGAAGACACUUGUGUUUAUAAUGUAUACGAUGUGUAUAUAGUGAUUUUUGAUUUGUGAAGUGACUGACUGGAAUUGGUUGUAAAAAAUUUGGUUGUAAAAGGUGAAGCGGGAAGACCGGAGAGAGUCGACGUUUACUGUAUUAUUUUUUUUCGUUAGCUUGUUCAAGUUUUUUUUGCCCUAAACUCUCGUUUUCUGUAAGUCCCAGCUGACGUUCUUUACCUUUGACUUUAAGAACAUUUAUUCACUUUAUUCUCAAGAGUUAGAUGAGAAGUUUGAGACCACUUCAGUGUCUGUACGUUAAAUUACGUAAGUACGAUUUAGCUUCAUAUUUAACACGCAGACACAAGUGUGACGUCAAUUUUCUCAACAAAAGAGCAAAAUAAGUGUAUUUUUCCUUUUAAAAUCAGUUUUUUUUAAUGCCAAAAACUAACUUAACUUUCCAGAAACGGACGAUUUAAACAGUUAAAGUUAAUUAUCCACCAUAAACUUUAGAUAACCUCUCUCUACUGUCUGUUCUCGGCUCGUAAUUUUUGAUCUUUCUUGCCAAAUUCUUCUGAGCUUUAAACUUUGAACAGGACAGUUCAGUCCGAGUAAAUCAAAUUUUU